CGCAUGUGCGGGAGGCGCUCGGAGUUUCACUUUGUAACUUUUCGGGGGUGGCACCCGCCCCGCCCGUCAGUUGCAGCCGUCGCGCGGGCGUUGCAGGGAAGCCUUGAAGGCCUGAGUGCCCCUGUCCCCGGGUCAGGAAGGCCCAGCAGGAAAUGAGUGGCAGGCCUGAGGCGGCUUGGGAGGUGGCCCGGGCUGCCCCUGGCUCCUCUGGCUCUGGCUGACGACCUUGCCAAGGGACUCGCCCGCAGUCCUUCCUUCUCUGGGCAUCUGGGAGGAGGGGCACGAUGAACGACUCCCCGUUCCUGGAGCUGUGGCGGUCCAAGGCGGUGUCCGUGCGAGAGCGGCUGGGCAUCGGGGACCAGCCCAAUGACUCGUAUUGCUACAACACGGCCAGAAAUAGCACCGUGCUCCAGGGGGUCACCUUCGGGGGUAUCCCCACCGUCCUGCUCAUAGAUGUCAGCUGCUUCCUGUGUUUAAUAUUGGUGUUUUCCAUCAUAAGAAGGAGAUUCUGGGAUUAUGGCCGCAUUGCUCUGGUGUCAGAAGCAGACAGUGGUUCCAGGUUCCAGAGACUGUCAUCAUCUUCCUCUUUUGGGCAACAAGAUUUUGAAAGCGAGCUGGGAUGCUGUCCCUGGCUGACCGCCAUCUUCCGCCUGCACGAUGACCAGAUUCUGGAGUGGUGUGGGGAGGACGCCAUCCACUACCUGUCCUUCCAGAGACACAUCAUCUUCCUGCUGGUGGUGGUCAGCUGCUUGUCCCUGUGCGUCAUCCUGCCCGUCAACCUCUCGGGUGACUUGCUGGACAAAGACCCUUACAGCUUUGGGAGAACGACCAUUGCAAACCUGCAGACGGACAAUGACCUCCUGUGGCUGCACACCAUCUUUGCCGUUGUCUACCUCCUCCUCACCGUGGGCUUCAUGAGACACUAUACCCAGUCCAUCCAGUACCAGGAGGAGAGCAUGGUGAGGCGGACCUUGUUCAUCACGGGACUCCCCAGAGACAGCACGAAGGAGACCGUGGAGACCCACUUCCGGGACGCAUAUCCCACGUGUGAAGUGGUGGAUGUACAGUUGUGCUACAAUGUGGCCAGGCUGAUGUACCUGUGCAAGGAGCGGAAGAAGACGGAGAAGAGCCUGACCUAUUACAUGAACCUGCGGGCGAAGACAGGCCAGUGCACCCUCAUCAACUCGAAGCCCUGUGGCCAGUUCUGCUGCUGCGAAGUACCGGGGUGUGAGUGGGAGGACGCUGUCUCCUACUACACGCGCAUGAAGGACAGGCUCCUGAAGGGGAUUGCGGAGGAGGAGCGCCGGGUCCAACAGCAGCCCCUGGGGAUGGCCUUCGUCACCUUCCAGGAGAAGUCCAUGGCCACCUACAUCCUCAAAGACUUCAACGCCUGCAAGUGCCAGGGCCUUCGGUGCAAAGGUGAGCCCCAGCCGUCCUCCCGCAGCGCGGAGCUCCGAAUCUCCAAGUGGACGGUCGCCUUUGCCACGUACCCCGAGGACAUCUGCUGGAAGAACCUCUCCAUCCAGGGUGUCCGAUGGUGGCUCCAGUGGUUGGGCAUCAACUUCACUCUCUUCUUGGGGCUGUUCUUCCUGACCACCCCCUCCAUCAUCUUGUCCACCAUAGACAAGUUCAAUGUCACCAAACCCAUCCGAGAGCUCAACGACCCGAUCAUCAGUCAGUUCUUCCCGACCCUCCUCCUGUGGUCCUUCUCGGCCCUGCUCCCCACCAUUGUCUACUACUCCACUCUGCUGGAGUCGCACUGGACCAAGUCCGGAGAAAACCAGAUCAUGAUGCCCAAGGUCUACAUAUUCCUGAUCUUCAUGGUGCUGAUCCUGCCCUCCCUCGGCCUCACCAGUUUGGACUUUUUCUUCCGGUGGCUCUUUGACAAAACUUCCUCAGAAGCGUCCAUCAGGUUGGAGUGCGUCUUCCUGCCCGACCAGGGCGCCUUCUUUGUGAACUAUGUCAUUGCCUCGGCCUUCAUCGGCAAUGGCAUGGAGCUGCUGCGGCUGCCCGGCCUGGUCCUCUACACCUGCCGCAUGGUCAUGGCCAAGACGGCAGCCGACCGCAGGAACAUCAAGCAGAAUCAGGCCUUCCAGUUCGAGUUUGGAGCCAUGUAUGCCUGGGUGCUGUGCGUCUUCACCGUCAUCAUGGCCUACAGCAUCACCUGCCCCAUCAUUGCGCCUUUCGGCCUCAUCUACAUCCUGCUCAAGCACAUGGUAGAUCGGCACAACCUCUACUUUGCCUACCUCCCGGCCAAGCUGGACAAGAGGAUCCACUUAGCGGCUGUCAACCAGGCCUUGGCCGCCCCCAUCUUGUGCCUCUUCUGGCUCUAUUUCUUCUCCUUCCUGCGCCUGGGUCUGAAGGCCCCCCUCACCCUGUUCACCUUCCUGGCCGUUUUGCUCACCAUCCUGGUCUGUCUGGCCUAUACCUGCUUUGGAUGCUUCAAGCACCUCAGCCCUCUGACCUACAAGACAGAAGAGUCGGCCAGUGACAGAGAGAGUGAGGCUGAGGCCCAUAGGCCACCGCCGUUCACGCCCUACGUGCCCCGGAUUCUGAGUGGCUUGUCCUCGGAGAGAACAGCUCUGUCCCCGCAGCAUCAGCAGACUUAUGGCGCCGUCUCUGACAUCAGUGGGACCAUCCUGGGGCAGUGUCCGGCCCAGGGCCCUUCGGACAGCGACAGCAGGCUGGCUGCCUACCAGGAGGCCUGAGGGUGGUGGGCCAGGCUCCGAGGAGGGAGCGGAGCAGACCCAGGUGGAAAAGCGACUGGACUCGGGCCCCAACCAAGCUUAGGACUACUUUGUACCUGUUAGAAGCACACCUGCUCUGGAGAGAUGGACCCAGAAAGGUGCCCCUGCCCUUGGCUGAGGAAGGCAGAGCAGGGGGUGUGGCCUUUCUGGUCACAGCAGCGGGAGAGGAGUGGUGCGUGCCUGGGACUCUGCGUCUCCAGGUCCCCCUCUGCAGCUGGGACACAUCCCUGGUGACUUAACAAGACUACAUGUUGGAACGGUGCCUGGCAGCCGCAUGCCACUGCCCCAGGUAUCAAGGAGGACACAGGAGGACAUCUCCCCUCUGAGGGCAGGCACUGCCCACCGCCACUGGCACAAGGUCAGCUGACUGAUAACCAGAGAGUCUUGUUCCGGCCUGGUCCCCUCACAUCACUGCAUCCAGCCACCUCCCACCCCUCCGGUGGCGGGGGGUGGGGGGGGCCUCCACCUUCAGAGCAGGAAGGGAGUGGGCCCCGGUUGGGCAGCAGGCACUCUCCACGGCCACACUGUGGCUCCUUGUUUCUGUAUCACGGUGCCAGUGACACUGGCUGUGUCAGGGUCACCCUGCAGCAGGGAAGGGCAGGAGGACCACGAAUAAAGUGCUCAUUCAGCCAGA